AUGAAGUUUCCAUUGGUAGUUCUUGCACUGUGUGCAUUCCUGGUCAAGGCCACAGACCUAGACGAUGCUGGCUGUUCUCAGGUUGCCGAAGGAUCCGUGGCAGAAUACGACCUAGAAGGUGAAUUCCUCGGCUGCAGUAACCCUGUCGAAGACGCCUUUUACGAAGAAUACUUUGAGAAUGAAGACGCCUUCGAAUGCGAGGGAGACGCAUAUAUCGACUCUUUAACUGGCACUUAUCAGUGCUGCCCCGCUGGCCAGAUCUACGCCUGGGAUGAAAACAGCGAAGAAGGCGCCUGUGUUGACGACGAAGGCUUCAGCAGCCCUUUGCUAAACGACCACGGCCCGCAAUCUCAGCUUGAAAGCUUUCUGGUCGACAACCCACCUGCAAACCCGCCUCUGAAGCCCGGAAUCCCCGUCUACCCGAGUCCCGGCAACCCUUCUCCCCCAUCUAAUCCUGGAAACCCUUCGCCUCCAAACCCCGGCAAUCCCUCGCCUCCGUCUAACCCCCUGCCCAGACCUGGUAACCCCUCUCCUCCAAGCCAGCCUGCGCCCAAGCCGUACCCGAGAUUCAGCUGCCCGGCAGCCGGCGGAACAUAUGAAGUGGUCGACACGGUGAUCUAUAAGAUCUUGUGUUACCAGGGAUUUAACACACGCUCUCGGAGGCUCAAAGUUACCUAUACCAAUACUGCCUGGGAAUGCAUGAAGGCCUGCUCAGCUGAACGCAUGUGUACCGCUUCGAACUAUUGGUGGAACACUAACAAGUGUGUUCUUGCAAGGGGCAGCAUUAGGCUGGGGCGAUACUCGAGGAGAGAUAAGCUUCUCGGUGGUCUUGUCAAGGGGCAAGUCAGGAACUAG